GCAUGUGACUUUGGCUCAUUUUGCUUUGGCAUUGAUGGAAAGUAUGACUUAAAUAGUGAUGGAGCACCAAUUUUAUCUUUAAUAGUUGAGGAUAAUGCAGAAUCAUCAGCUAUAUUUGAAUUAGAUCAAACCUCAUUAGGUAAUCUGGAAGAGCAAUCAAAUUUAUUGUCUCCGUCAAUUCAAAAACAAAAAACAGUUGCGAUUCGUAAUCGCAAAC